AAACGGAUUUCUCUUUAAUUUCUGAGAAUGAACAAAGCCCCGGCACAGAUGAGUCGCUUUAACAUCGCUCCAGACAUGGACAGCAGCAGUACAAACAGCAAUGAAUACACAAACUACCAGGACCAUGCCUCAAAAGUCCCUCUCAAUGGGAUUCAGUAUAGUGAUGUGGAAGCAGAAAGUCAGAACUUCCUGUCAGAUCAUCACUUGGGGAAGAAGAAAUAUGAGGCUGAAUAUAGCCCUGGAUCUGCGUCAUUCGGGAUGUCAGUGUUUAAUUUGGGCAAUGCCAUCAUGGGAAGUGGAAUCCUAGGACUGUCUUAUGCUAUGGCCAACACCGGCAUCGCCAUGUUUGUGAUCCUGCUGGUGGCUGUGGCCAUUUUCUCGCUGUACUCAGUCCAUCUGCUGCUCAAAACGGCCAAUGAAGGAGGGUCUCUGGUGUACGAACAGCUGGGGUACAAAGCGUUCGGGAUUCCUGGCAAGCUGGCAGCGUCCUGCUCUAUCACUAUGCAGAACUUUGGAGCUAUGGCGAGUUACCUCUACAUCGUGAAGUAUGAGCUGCCCAUCGUCAUCAGGGCCUUCUUAGACUCCAAUGACAAUGCGUGGUACACUAACGGAGAUUACCUGGUAUUGAUCGUCACUAUGAGCAUCAUCCUGCCUCUCUCGCUGCUCAAAAACCUGGGUUAUCUGGGCUACACCAGUGGAUUCUCCUUGUUGUGCAUGGUGUUCUUCCUUAUUGUGGUGAUCUACAAGAAGUUCCAGAUCCCCUGUCCGCUGCCUGAAAACUUCAUUAACAUCACAGUGAACGUCUCUCAGCCGCCGCAGACCAACAACAGCACCGAUGAAGAGUGCUGCAAACCCAAAUACUUCAUCUUCAACUCACAGACUGUGUAUGCUGUGCCCAUCCUGACUUUUGCCUUUGUGUGCCAUCCGGCCAUUCUGCCCAUGUAUGAGGAGCUCAAAGAUCGCUCCAGGAGGAAGAUGCAGAACGUUGCUAAUGUGUCGUUUCUGGGAAUGUUUAUUAUGUAUCUGCUGGCUGCGCUGUUUGGAUACCUGACCUUCAAUGAGGCUGUUGAACCCGAGCUCCUGCACACAUACUCAAAGGUCUACAAUUUCGAUGUGGUGCUUCUGAUCGUUCGUUUGGCCGUCCUGACCGCCGUUACAUUGACUGUGCCUGUGGUUCUCUUCCCGAUCCGCACCUCUGUCAACCAUCUGCUGGGCGCCAGUAAGGAGUUCAGCUGGCCGCGGCACAUCUGCAUUACCGUCGCUCUGCUGGUCUGCGUCAAUAUCCUCGUCAUCUUCGUUCCCACCAUCAGAGACAUCUUCGGCUUCAUCGGUGCGUCUGCUGCUGCUAUGCUGAUUUUCAUCCUGCCUUCAGCUUUCUACAUCAAACUAGUGAAGAAAGAGUCUAUGAAAUCAGUCCAGAAAAUCGGGGCCACAUUGUUUCUCAUUAUGGGCUUCCUGGUGAUGACCGGCAGCAUGGCCUUAAUCAUCAUGGACUGGAUCCACAAUGCGUUAUCUUCAGAAGAACACACUGGUGGCCAUUAGUGGGCGUGUCCUGACUGUGAUUGACAGGCAGGUGGGCGGAGCCAAGCCGCUUGCGCUGCUACUGAGAUCUAGAAGAAGCUGCUCUAUUAUCAGCGCAGAGCAAAGACAAACAUCCCAUUCUGAGAGAAUGUUCUGAACUCUGUACAGUAUCCCGUUAGGCCACACAGAUGGUGAUCCACGCGUAUUUGUUUUGUUGUUGAUUUGCUUUUCUUUUUUACGUUGUUCGUCUGGUACAGCUGGUACGGGAGCGUGUGCAUCCUUCAACCGGUUUCAGGUUUAGCGUUUCGUUUUCUCACAAACCAAAAGCGUACUGAGCGAGCGGAGCGAUCCGUUUGUACCCUUGCCAAAAACAAUAUUGGUGUUUUUAUAUGUGGAUAAGCACUUAGUCUUUAUUCAGCAAAUGUGAAAAACAGAACUGUCAUUUCGCACAUUUUGCCUGUGCUUUAAAUUGCAUUGGUUACGAUGCCAUUUAUACUGUACUACUACUUGAGUCACCUUUACCUGUCGUGUAGAUCUACUAAUGAACAAAUAAUCAGCAGUAGUUGUUGAUUUCAGACAGGCGGAACGGCUGAAUUUCACCACAGUGAUGGCUGCUUUAAAGUCGAUGUGAGAUUAAAACUCACUUUUCUUAUCUAAUCUGGAGCGGUUCUUCAUCACGUGUUAUCUGAGACGAUACGACACAUCAAAAUGAUGUUCAUUAAUACUUUAAUAACUGUUAUUUAAAGGGCUGUUCACAUAGUAAUGAUGAUAACUGUACAAAUAUUACUACUAUUUAUGUCAUCGCCAGCAAGCAAGAACAUUUAGUUUUAGUCUUUUCUUUUGCAAUACCCCCUUUUAUCCAGCAGAUGUCCUCGGUGUGCUGCAUUUCUAGUGAAUCUGACCAGUGAAUCCAGCUUGUGUAAUUUAUGUAACAUAAUAUAAACAGUGAAUUUAGCCAUUUUAGUAAGUGUAUUUCAUUAUUGCCUCCAGCAUUUACAAACACGCCAAAGCUAGCACUGAAUACCUGAGGUACUUUCAUUUUUAUGCUUUAGCUUUUUUUGCUAGCCUGACUUCAAUGUACAUAUGUGUCAUUACUCCCCAUGGAAUAAUCAAUUAUAUUAUAGUCAUUAUUCAUUCAUUUUCUUUUCUGCUUAGUCCCUUUAUUAAUCCGGGGUCGCCACAGUUGAAUGAACCGCCAACUUAUCCAGCAAGUAUUUACACUUGCAGCAGCAACCCAUCACUGGGAAACAUCCAUUCACACUCAUACACUACAGACAAUUUAGCUUACCCAGGUCACCUGUACCACAUGUCAUUGGACUUGUGGGGGAAACCGGAGCACCCGGAGGAAUCCCACGCGAACGCGGGGAGAACAUGCAAACUCCACACGGAAAUGCCAACUAACCCAGCUGGAGAUCGAACCAGCGGCUUUCACGGUGUGAGGCGACAGCAUUACCUACUGCGCCACCGUGUCACCCAUUAUAGUCAUCAUCUUAAAUAACAUUUUAAAGAAGGUUUAACAUCAGGCAGAGCUUCUCCACAAUGUCUGCUGUUGCUUUAAAUUGCGUAAAUCCUUAUUAUUUAAUGGAUUCUGACCGGCUGUCAGGGUUUAAUCAUGUAUUAGCUGGACAAAAUCAGUCUGAAAGUAAUUCAUUUCUCCACAUCUUUAUAGUUAUAGCUGUGAUCUGAACUCUGCUGCUGGUUUACAUUUAGACUUAUCCUUAUUGUUGUAUUUAUAGUGAUCAUACUUGCUGUGAACGGCCCUUUAGUCUACUGUAGGGAUUAUUCCCUUCCUUUAAUGUUGCUUAACAUUAAUACAAUGAAGGUAGCGAUAACGGUAGUGAAUGAUGAUGAUGGAAAUUUAAUAUCCAUCACAUUAUUAAAGUCGAAUGAGCUGCUAAUGUUGUUUCACGUUGACCUGAAAUAACUAAAUCACGGUUAUCAGUCGUUAAAAUGAUUUAAUCAUUGUUUAAGACUGAUGUAGAAGAUGCAUCCUUUCUCAAAUCUUUAACAUUAAUAAUACGAAGGUUACGACAAUAUGGUCAAAAUAAAAGAUUUAAAGGGAGAGUUCACCCAUAGAUAUAAUGAACGCACUAUUUAUUCACCCUCAAAUGUUUCCAGAAUUUCUUUCUUCUGUUGAACAAAAAAGAAGAUACUUUGAAGAAUGUUGGAAACCAUUGACUCGCAUAGUUGUAACAAGUAACACUACUGAAAGUGAGCAUUCUUCAAAAUAUCUUCUUUUGUGUUCAGCAGCAGAAAGAAGCUCGUAAUGGUGAUCAAAUGGUGACAGAAUUUGAUUUUUGUGUGAACUGCCCCUUUAAGACACCGUGUUUUUAUUUUUGCUGUGCUUUUUAUGACUGCUUUACCUUGGUGAACGGGGAAACGGAAGCAAAAUGAGUUUAGGUUUGCGUUAACUUUAAAGCAUCUCUGUUCAAUGGUCAUUCGUUCUGCUGGUUUUAUGUUUUAAGCGCAGAAUCAGAUGCCAAACAUCGCUGUUGAAGAGUGAUUAAUUUACCAUUUCAGUGUUUGCCAUCGGCAGCUUGAAGAUACUCCAUUAUUGAGAGACAGACAGAUAGACAGAUGAGGAGUGUGUGUCUACACUAAUCAGCCGUUAUGAGUGUGAUGAAUGACCACACACACACACACACACACCUCACUGUGUGCUUCCAACAGCUCAACCUCACGUGUCAGCAACCUGUUACUCUCCAGCCGUUAUUUAUGGAAGAACAUCAGUGUAAUUUAAUCUAUUUUACUAUAUUUAUAUAUGAAUAUAUAUUGUAUAUAUGUGUAUAGACCACAGAAUGGUGAAGUGUAUAUAUGCUGUUGUUUUGGGCUUUUUAUUCCUUCUCAAUUUUGCUCAACAUGUUUAAAAUAUGACUUUACAUGUCCCUCAGUGUGUGCUUCUGGGUUUCGAUCGACCCUCUACACACACACACACACACACACACACAUGAACACACACUUUUACAUUACUACUAAAAUGCUGUACUCAAACCUGCGAGGGGUCGAAGCUCCUCAUGUACAAGAGGCCAUUCCUGCGAAUGAUACGCUCUUGUUUCAAUGAAACACUAUGUAUAUCAUGUAAUUAAUGUCUAUUAAAGGUUCAAGAUAACCCA